AAAAUGCACUACAAAGAAUUCUACUUAAACCCAGCUAAGCUUCAGCUACACUCUUCAUAUCUUCUUCCUCCCUCUCUCUCUCAUCUCUUCACCUUCUCUCUCUCUCUCUCUUGUAAAACAAUGGCAGAAAUUCUGACUGAGGAGCAAAUUGUUGAGUUUAAAGAAGCUUUUUGUUUGUUUGAUAAAGAUGGAGAUGGUUGCAUUACUGUAGAGGAAUUGGCAACUGUAAUUAGGUCAUUGGAUCAAAAUCCAACAGCAGAAGAACUUCAUGAUAUGAUUACUGAAGUUGAUGUUGAUGGUAAUGGUACCAUUGAGUUUGCUGAAUUCUUGAAUUUAAUGGCCAACAAAAUUAAGGAAACUGAUGCAGAGGAGGAACUUAAAGAGGCAUUUAAAGUGUUUGACAAGGAUCAGAAUGGGUUCAUUUCGGCUAAUGAGUUGAGGCAUGUGAUGAUCAAUUUAGGGGAAAAAUUAACAGAUGAAGAAGUGGAGCAGAUGAUAAAGGAGGCUGAUUUAGAUGGCGAUGGUCAAGUUAAUUAUGAUGAAUUUGUUAAAAUGAUGACAAUCGUGGGUUAAAUCUACCCUUUUUCAUUGGUUCCCUAUUCAAGAUAUAAGUGUUGUAUUUGUCACCUAUCAUUAAUUUUAUUUGUUGUUGUAUUGUUUAUCUUCAUUAGCAUUAGCUAGUAAAUUAAUUAUUAAUUUGUCAAUGACCAAAUAGUAGAAUGACUUUAAAAGUCUUCAUUUGAUUUGUUCAAAUUAUGUAUUCUAUUCUUUA